AUUUUUAUUUUGACAGGAAGUAGUCCCCAUGACAGUCCCAGGAAUAUGUCGCCUAGUCAACACGGCAACUUCCUGUUCCAGAAUGUCAGGAAGUGCGAUGGAAGACGGUGGUCCUUUGCUUCCCUGCCUUCCUCGGGUUACGGAACAAAUACUCCAGGCAGCUCUAAUGUUUCGUCUCAAUACUCAUCACAAGAACGUCUUCACCAGUACCAGCCACCCCAGGAGGAGUACACCCUCAGUGGGAAUGAGGGGGACGAGGAGGGCAGGAAAUCCCCCCUGUCCCCCCUCCUACGACCCAGGUCCCGAAGUCUCAGCUUAUCCUGGCUUGCACUUGAUAGUCCAAUGGUUUCUCCUGGCGGGGACGAGAUUGUCAUGAUGAACAGUGUUUAUAAGGAACGAUUUCCCAAGGCCACGGCUCAGAUGGAGGAGAAGCUGAAGAAGUUUUUAGAGCAGAACAAGCUGGAGGAGGUGGACUGUGAUGCCAUUACACGGUUCCUGCACCACCAGGUGAUGGAACUUGCUCGCGACUGUCUCCAGAAAUCACAGGACAAACAGAUCACAGGGACCUACUUCUUCGAGCUCUCAGAGAAACUAGAGAAACUACUCAUUGAUGCACAAGAAAGAGAAGAUAUUGCUUACGAGUUUCUGUACCCAGUCAUCAAGAACCUGUAUUUGAUCAUCUCUAGACCCUCAAGAUUACUGGAGUGUUUGGAGUUUGAUCCGGAGAAGUUUUAUCAGCUUCUGGAGGUGGCAGAGGGACAGGCCAAAGAACACAUGAAACGUGACAUUCCGCAAUAUAUCAUCAGUAAACUAGGCCUCAACAGGGACCCACUGGAAGGUCCGACACACAGAAUUUUGUCUAUCAUAAAACUCUUGUUCACUUUUUAG